CGUCAAUCUGACAUUUCAGUAGUGCUGGAAAUUUAUUCACAAAAAUUAAUAUAUAUAUAUAUUUAAAUCCACGAAAAAUUAAUAAUUAUUCAAAGUCACUUAUCAAAAUGAAUGUCGUGACAUCAUUAAAGUUUUAUAUUACAAAAAUGACUGAGGAAAGUGGUCCAGGAAUGAAAGUUCUUUUAAUGGACAAACAAACGAUAAGUAUUGUGAGUUUGGUUUAUAGUCAAUCAGAAAUUUUGAUGAAAGAAGUUUAUCUUUUUGAAAGAAUCGAUGCAGCCGCUCGCAGUGAGGGCUUAAAACAUUUAAAAUGUAUUGUUUUUGUAAGACCUACCAAAGAAAAUGUUGCUUUACUGUGCAAUGAACUACGAAAUCCAAAAUAUGGUGUUUAUUAUAUUUAUUUUAGCAAUAUUAUAGCAAAAGCAGAUAUAAAAUUAUUAGCAGAGAGCGAUGAACAAGAAGUCGUGAGAGAAGUUCACGAAUAUUAUGCUGAUUAUUUGGCUGUGAGCCCACAUUUAUUUUCUUUAGGAAUCAAUGCCUGUUGUCAGGGUUUAACUUGGAAUCCCGGAAAUCUUCAUAGAACAGUUCAAGGAAUAACUGCUGUUCUUUUGUCAUUGAAAAAAUGUCCUUACAUAAGAUAUCAAAAUAGUUCGGAAAUGUCUAAAAGAUUGGCGGAAAAAAUUCGCGAAGUUUUAACAAGAGAAUCGAAUUCUUUUAAAUUUCGCGAAGAAUCAAAUUCAAUUCUUUUGAUUCUCGACAGAAAAGAUGAUCCAGUAACGCCUUUACUUAAUCAAUGGACAUAUCAAGCGAUGGUUCAUGAACUUUUGACUAUUAAUAAUAAUAGAGUUGAUUUAUCGCACGUUAAAGGUAUUUCCAAAGAAUUACAAGAAGUUGUCAUCAGUGCUCAACACGAUGAAUUUUACGAGAACAAUUUGUAUCUGAAUUUUGGGGAAAUUGGUCAAACAAUAAAAGAAUUAAUGGACGACUUUCAAAAACGAGCGAAAAAACAUCAAAAAGUUGAAAGUAUUGCGGAUAUGAAAAAUUUCGUUGAGGCUUAUCCAUUGUUUAAAAAAAUGUCCGGUACAGUUGCCAAGCAUGUUACACUUGUCGGUGAACUUUCAACGAUGGUUGGCGAACAUAAUUUACUCGAAGUUUCCGAAUUGGAACAGGAACUAAGUUGCCAAAGUGAACAUUCCACUCAGUUGCAGAAAAUCAAGAAACUCAUAAAUGAUACUCGAGUUAGAGACAAAGAUGCAACAAGAUUAGUGAUGCUGUACGCACUUCAUUAUGAGAAACACACAAAUAAUGACAUCACUGGUUUAUUAGAAAUGUUGAAAAAACGAGGCGUUUCGGAAAAAUAUACAAAGCUGGUGUACAAUUUAUUGGAAUACAGUGGAGUGAAUUCGAGACAGAGUAAUUUAUUUAAUCACGAGGCUGUUGCUAAAAUUACAAAAAAAUUAUUCAAAGGCUUAAGUGGUGUGGACAAUAUUUAUACACAGCAUUCACCUCUUUUAUUUGAAAUCUUAGAAGACACUGUAAAAGGAAAAUUAAAUUUACAAACAUUCCCCUAUCUUGGAAAUAUGGUCAUGACAAAGAGGCCGCAGGAGAUAAUAGUAUUUAUCGUCGGUGGAACAACUUACGAGGAGAGUUUAGCCGUUCACAAUUUAAAUCGUUUAAAUUUGGAUACGAAAAUAAUUUUGGGCGGUACAACAAUUCAUAAUUUUGAUAGUUUCGCGGAAGAAAUUCAAACAGCAACAACGGGAAUAAUUCCAAGGUACAGACCAAGACAUCAUUAAAAAAAAAAAAAUAAUAAGACACUAAAAAAAAAUUCAUAUUUUGUACAAGAGCUAUUUAUUUGUAAAAUAUUCCAAUUGUAAACAUUCUAUUAUGUAUACAAAAGUCUCGGAUCUUACUAAACAUUAUUUUCUUUCUUCAUUUUAUUUAUUUUUUUUUUUUUUGGUUGUCUUUCUUCUCAAUUGUAAUAUAUAUAUAUAUUUAUACUUCUACUUAAAAACAUCUCUGGCACGACGUGCUAACUUUACACAAAAAGUGUUGUCAUAUUAAAUCGUAAAUGAAGUUUUUUUUCUUGCAUAAACAAAAUUUCUUUAAUUUC